AUGUCGAAUUUGCUAGCAUCGGCUGCGGUUCCAGCCUUCAAAUGCCCAAAAGGAACCAAGAUGCAUAUCCUAGAUCUCGGUAUGCUGGAAGCAGAUGAAUCAUGGAUUCUCCGUGGUGCAAAUACCAGCAAGUUGAGUAACCUUAACCCAACGAACAAACGGCGCGAGCUAGUGCUGCUUUCGGCUCUUAUCGAGCACCCCGAUGUCGGUCUUAUUCUUUAUGACGCAGGCUGUGCAGAAGACCUUAAUGUAGCAUGGCCGGCUCCUUUAACCGAUGUUUUCCCACGAAUUCAGUACUCAGAAGCGCAAAGGCUUCCCAACGCAAUUAAAGCAACCGGUAACGAUAUAAAAGAUGUUAAAGCAGUGAUCAUUAGUCACCUUCAUCUCGAUCAUGCAGGUGGACUUGAACAUUUUGUCGGCACUGAUGUACCGAUCUAUGUUCACGAGGAAGAGUUCAAACAUGCCUGCUGGGCUAUUGCGACCCAGGCUGAUCAUGGCGUCUAUCAAGGACAUUAUAUGCAUUUGGAAAAACUGAAAUGGGAAACCUUUACUGAGUCCGAACUGGAACUUUUCCAGGGCAUUACCCUUCUUCAUGCACCAGGUCACGCGCCUGGACUUUGUAUGAUGCAGGUCAACCUUGACAGUGACGGUACUUUUAUUUGGACGACUGAUCAAUUUCAUGUGUCGGACAAUUAUGAGCUCGGCCACCCGCAUGGCGGUCUAGCAAGGGAUCACAACGCAUGGUACCGCAGCCUCAACAUGACCCGACGGUUACAGAGGUUGUACAAUGCUAGACUCAUAUAUGGCCAUGACAAGCCAACUACUCUCAAGCUUCUAGGUGAGAAGAAGUAUUUUGAGUAA